CCUGAUGAUGAUACAUCCCCAUUCGAACACAUAUAAACACCUCCGAACGCCUCUUUCUUUCUCCUCUCUCCGCGGGCCUCGAUUUUGGUGUCCUAAACCCUCGUGGUUUCGAUCGGAGAGAAGGGUUUUGGCGACGAUGGAGGGAGAGAGGAGAGCGGAAGCGGGGAGUUCCUCCGCCUCGAGAACUCUCAGGGACGUCCUUGCGACUGCGACGGGGAGCGGUGAUGAUGCCUUGGUUGAUGAGAAGAACGCCGAGCUCGAUGAGGAGGAAGUCGAAGGAGAGGAGGACGAGGAGGGCGCCGCCGAUGGAUUCGUUCCCGGGCCUUUGAUCCCUCUCAAGGAACAGCUGGAGAAAGAUAAGGAUGACGAAAGUUUGAGGAGGUGGAAAGAGAAGCUGCUUGGUUGUCUUGAGGGAGAAUUUAAUGGCCAAAUGGAACCUGAAGUUGCAUUCCACUCCAUAGGAAUUGUUUCUGAGAGCUGUGCUGAAACUAUUACACCCUUACCGGUGGCAGAGAAUCAAAGCCGUGUCCUAUUUAUUCUCAAGGAGGGAUCACAAUAUCGUCUCAAGCUGACUUUCAGUGUUAAACAUAACAUUGUAUCUGGCUUAACUUACUCGAACACAGUCUGGAAGAAAGGCCUCCAAGUCGAUCAAAGGAAGGGAAUGCUCGGUACUUUUGCUCCUCAGCGCGGUCCCUAUGAACAUUUGCUCGAAGAAGAGACUACUCCAUCCGGUUCGCUCGCUCGUGGAAUCUACUCAGCAAAACUUAAGUUUGAAGAUGAUGACAAGAGAUGCCACCUGGAACUCGACUACUGCUUUGAAAUCAAGAAGCGCUGAUCAUAUAUUUCUCAAAAUCAAACAAAACUAAAACUGAAUGAAAGCAGCUGUGCAAUGCAAAUAUACUCUUCUUCGAGCUCCAGAAUGUUUUUUAACAGUGGCAAAAAAAAAAAAGAAAACUGGUUUUUAAAGAGACUA